AUCAGCAGAACCAUCCUUUAUUAAUAAGAGCUAUGCUUCUGAUGUGGUCUAUUUCACCUCAGAAUGAUUUACAUGUAGAGGACCCUGGAUAUGUGGGGAUGCGUUAAACACUGACGCCAGCCAUCCCGCUCGGCCCCUUUUCAUUGGAAGUGUUGUGGUGGAGCAGACGAGAGGACAAGACACUUCGGAUGUAAGAGAAGAAGAUUAAUUGAUCUCACCCGUUCUUCGAACAGUUCUUCGCUUCCACGGCACCGACAACUCCCGUAAUGAUCACUCCACCGCGCCCCCUGGCGGCCGUCUGCCUGCUACUCCUGCUGGUGCCCGGCUGCCUCGGGACCCCGCAAUACAACAACGGCUUCUAUUACCAUGAUAUUAGUAACGGACACGGAAAUAAAGAGAUCUUCUACGACGGGGUGCAGCUGCACGUGGAGUCCCAGCAGCCCCUGGUGUCCGCCAUUAGGGGCAGCAGCGUCACCCUGCCCUGCCACUUCCGCUACGAGCCCGAGCUGAGCGCCCCGCGCCGGACACGCAUCAAGUGGUCCUGGCUCCCCGCCAGCGAUCGCCACGACGACUCGGACCCGGACACCGUCCCCAACCUCAUCCGGGAGACGGAGGUGAUGGUCGCCAUGGGCAACCGCCACCGCAGCUACGGCGGUUUCCGGGGGCGUGUGCGCCUGCGGCGCUCGGCGCCCGGCGACAUGUCGCUGGUCAUCAGGGAGCUGCAGCUCAACGACACCGGCCGCUACCGCUGUGAGGUCAUCGACGGCGUGGAGGACGAGAGCGUCACGGUGGACCUGGAGAUGAGAGGCGUGGUAUUUCCCUACUACUCCCAGCAUGGAAGAUACCACUACAACUUCCUGGGGGCCCAGGCAGCGUGUGAGGAGCAGGACGCUACUCUGGCGUCGUUCGAGCAGCUGUUCACGGCCUGGGAGGAGGGGCUUGACUGGUGUAAUGCCGGCUGGUUGGCUGAUGGCACCGUGCAGUAUCCAAUCACGACGCCCCGUGCGGGCUGUGGGGGCGUGGCUUUAUCACCUGGAUUGCGUAGCUAUGGACAACGGCAUCGGCUGCUUCACCGCUAUGAUGCCUUCUGCUUCGCUGCCUCGCUCAAGGGGACGGUUUACUUCCUGAUACACCCGUUAAACCUCACCUUCUCGGAGGCCCAGCAGGCGUGCAGGAGUGACGGCGGCCGAAUGGCCACAGUGGGACAGAUCUACGCCGGCUGGAGGCUGAUGGGAUUGGACCGCUGUGACGCCGGCUGGUUGGCUGACGGAAGUGUCCGUUACCCCAUCAUCAAAGCCCGGGCUCACUGCGGGACAGAGGAGCCGGGAGUGCGGAGCUUUGGAUUUCCUGCGCAUAACAAGAAAUUUGGUGUCUAUUGCUACCGGUUGACCUAAUCAACGGCACUCGACGAUUACCCAAGAGACAAAUACUACAAACCUAACCAGCAAAACCACGGAGCACUGACUUUAGCGUUUGAAUUCCUGGAAGUUAGCAAUAGCUGAGGUUAACUAGGUUAUUGUUAGUUCUUCACUAUUAUCCAUAUUAUGUUCACUGUGCAAUCACAAUGUGUUUCAAGCUUACUUCAAAAGGUUUAGAUUCACAAUGUCACACAUCACAAACUGCUCUGUAGAACCAUCAUCCCCCUUGUUCAUCGUCCUGUUGGCCGCUUCCCUACCAUGCUAAAACAGCUGAUGCCUUCCUGCUACAGGAACUUUAUGGCGAAGAAGUUCAUUUAUUGAUCAUAGAAACUGUGUUUAUGUAAUGCUCUGUACUGAAGUAUACCACUAUGGAAAAGUAGGCAAUUCUGAAAGUGUAUCUUACUGUAUUAAGUGUAAUGUAUUAUUAUGUGUUGAGAGAUGUGUCAGCCAAGGGCUGUGCUACGAUGCAGCAGCCUUUGUUUGAUAUUAACAAGGUGAUAUAGUAGGGGAGACGCAGGUGUAGCUCACGAUGUUAAUUACAGGCCUACAGUCCCAUAAUUAUCUUAUUUCGCUAUACCUGGUUUCACCACUACUUUUGCACCUCUGUGAUAAAGGCCUAUUAUAAUAGCCAUGAAACGUAUACUACCUUUGUUUAAAGCCCUAUUGUAGGAUAAUAGCAUUUUGUAGUUAUUAUACCUCAACAAAGGUUGUCUAUGGGGCUAUGUAUUUUGUAUUAUUUUCUACAAUGUAAUGCUUUUUUUAUAUGUUAUUGAAAAUCUUGUCCUUUGUUGUGAAACAGACAGAAUCCUUGUUUUUAUUGAAUCACUAUUUCAGUGAUCCAGUGAGUACAAACUACACUUUCAACAGUGGUCAGUUCAGUUUUUUUAUUGAUCAGUAGGACGCAGUAAGCAGGUAGUUGGAUGAAGAACUGUCAAUUCCCCUCUGGACCUGGAGAAAUAGAUGUUAGAUAAUAGGAGAAGGCCGGAGGAGGGUGUAAGUAAAGAAUAUGACGAGACAGAAGAGGGAGUUAAAGUACGGGUGAAUUGGUAGUUAGGGGAAGUAACAGACUCUCCCCGAAAGUUAAGUGUACAGAACUCCAUAUUAAUAGCUCCCUCUCUACAGGUUAAUUUAAAUAGAUGGAACGCAUUAUAAUUUCUAAACUGUGUCGCCGGACAGGUCAAAGAGAGCUCGACUCUACAAACAUACAUCUUAAGGAGAAAAUAUCCGUUUGGCUCAAUCUGCAAGUGAACCAUCCGCUCCACGCUCCAUGCAGGUCUUCGACACUGGGAGCAUUGCUUCGUGUCCAAGCAGGAAUGCCAGGGGGUUCAGCCCAUGCGGGUGGAGAGGUGAGAGGGCCUACUUACCGGGCCAUACAAACGGCC